AUGGCAUUGAGGAAUGUACCCUUUCGGUCAGAGGUCCUGGCCUGGGACUCCGACAGCCUUGCUGAUUACUUCAAGAAGCUGAACUACAAAGACUGUGAAAAGGCAGUGAAGAAGUAUCACAUUGAUGGGCCACGAUUUCUGAACCUGGCAGAAAAUGAUAUCCAGAAGUUUCCCAAGCUCCGGGUGCCGAUUCUCAGUAAGUUAAGUCAAGAGAUCAACAAGAAUGAAGAGAGGAGGAGCAUCUUCACACGGAAACCCCAAGUCCAGCGGUUUCCUGAAGAGACAGAAAGUCACGAAGAAGACAACGGAGGCUGGUCAUCCUUUGAAGAAGAUGACUAUGAAAGUCCCAAUGAGGAUCAGGAUGGAGAGGAUGAUGAUGACUAUGAGUCCCCCAAUGAGGAAGGAGAAGUGCCUGUGGAGGACGAUGCUGAUUACGAGCCACCACCCUCCAAUGAUGAGGAAGCCCUUCAGAACUCCAUCCUGCCUGCCAAGCCUUUCCCCAACUCCAUGUAUAUCGAUCGGCCUGCCUCUGGGAAGGGUCCCCAGCAGCCUCCAGUGCCCCCUCAGAGACUGAUGGCUGCCCUCCCUCCCCCGCCAGCCAGCAGGAAUCACGCGCCGCUACCUCCACCCCAGCCCAAUCACGAAGAGCCUAAUAGAAGUAGAAACCCCAAAACAACAAAGCUCCCUGCUCCUUCCAUAGACAGAAGCAAGAAACCUCCCCUAGAUCGGUCAUUAGCUCCAUUUGACAGAGAGCCCUUCACACUAGGAAAGAAGCUAGCAUUUUCUGACAAGCCCUCGGUCCCAGUCCCGGUCCCGGCAGGCAGGCCUCUAGGGGAGAAUUUACCCAAGAUGCAAAAGCCUCCUUUACCACCAACCACUGAGAGACAUGAAAGAAGCCCCCUGCCAGGGAAGAAGCCACCUGUGCCAAAACAUGGCUGGGGACCAGACAGAAGAGAGAAUGAUGAAGAUGAUGUGCAUCAAAGACCUUUGCCCCAGCCAGCACUGCCCUCCAUGAGCUCCAAUACAUAUCCUUCAAGAUCCACCAAGCUGAACCCCAAGCAUUCCCUCCCAUCGCCUCACAUUCCUGGAGCAUUCUCAGAAAGUAACAGCAAUUUUCCACAGAGUGCCUCGCUGCCACCAUACUUCUCUCAAGGCCAUAGUAACAGACCACCUCCGAGAAUUACAGCUGAAGGCAGGAACUUUCCCUUGCCGAUUCCAAACAAACCCCGGCCACCAUCUCCUGGGGAAAUAGAGAAUUCAUUAAAUGAAGAAUGGUACGUUUCUUAUAUUACCCGACCAGAGGCAGAAGCUGCUCUUAGAAAGAUAAACCAGGAUGGCACUUUUCUGGUUAGAGACAGCUCUAAAAAAACAAUUACCAAUCCGUAUGUCCUCAUGGUGUUGUACAAAGAUAAAGUUUACAACAUCCAGAUCCGUUAUCAGGAGGAAAGUCAAGUUUACUUGUUGGGAACUGGACUCCGAGGGAAAGAGGACUUUUUGUCUGUGGCAGAUAUUAUUGACUACUUCAGGAAAAUGCCACUUCUGCUCAUCGAUGGGAAAAACCGAGGUUCCAGAUACCAGUGCACCUUAACGCACGCUGCAGGGUAUCCCUAG